AGAGUUGGUGUAAGAAAUGUUGCUACAAUGUUACCAUGGUGAAACUUGUUUUAAACAUGUUCAUCAAAGAUUUUUUAAUGACCCGGAUAAACAUGAGAGAUUUCAUUGACGUCAUCAGUGCACAAAAAUGGCAGAGUCGGAGGAGGAGGAUGUCUUGGUCCAGAGAGUUGUCAAAGAUAUCAAUAACGCCUUCAAGAGAAAUCCCAAUAUUGAUGAGAUAGGUCUGAUCCUGUGUCCUGAGGCCAGGUACAACCGCAGCCCCAUCGUCUUGGUAGAGAACAAGUUGGGGGUGGAGAGCUGGUGUGUCAAGUUCCUGCUACCCUAUGUCCACAACAAACUACUGCUCUACAGGCAGCGCAAACAGUGGCUGGACAGGGAAGCUCUGGUGGACAUUACUUGCACUCUGCUGCUGCUCAACUCAGACUUUACCACCGCUUGGAAUGUGAGGAAGGAGCUGCUGCAAUGUGGCGCCCUAAAUCCAGAGAGAGACCUGUACCUGGGAAAACUGGCCCUCACCAAGUUCCCCAAGAGCCCAGAGACAUGGAUACACAGGCGCUGGGUACUACAGCAGGUGCUACGGGAGUGUUCCUCCCCCAGCUCGGACAGGAAGGAGCAGCGUGACAGUGGCCUGCGUGACGCAGCAGAGAGGACUCGGCGUAGUGAGCGCCUCCACAGGGUUCUACACGACGAGAUGAAGGUAUGCGCCGACGCCGCCAGCCGCUACCCUAGCAACUACAACGCCUGGUCGCACCGUAUCUGGGUCCUGCAGAACAUGGCCCAGGGCAACCUGAAGGUCCUCCAUGAUGAGCUGUCCUCCAUGCGUGAUUGGGUCUCCAUGCACGUGUCGGACCACAGUGGCUUUCACUACCGCCAGUUCCUGCUCAAGGCCUUGGUCAGGGAGCUCAGCCAGUCCAUGCACCACCACCAUGCCCCUUGGCCCAGCCCUGGCAGCUCCAGCCCUCGCAGUCCCAGCCCGGACCCCCAGCCAGGCCACCCCCACCACCAGGCUAACGGAGAGGCCACAGCAGCAGCCCCCUGCCUCUCUCCCGCCACCCCAGAGGACCAGUCCUCGGUGCCAGCUGUGCCCCAGCUGUUUCACCAGGAGAUGGAGCUGUGUACAGACCUCAUCCAGUCCUUCCCCGGACAUGAGACACUCUGGUGUCACAGGCGACACGUCUUCUACCUUUGGCACCACUGGAGGCAGGACCACGAUCACCACGAUGGCCAGGGCUGUGGCAGUGAGUCUCCCCAGCUGAACCACACUGACGCUGGGCUGAGCAGCUACCCUCACACAGCUUCCCCUAGAAGAGUGGGUCUAGCCAGGGUGGAGAGCAGGAACGGACAGACUCAGGAGGGUCAGAAUGCCAUGGAGGUGGACGGGGUCGGGGUCCCAGACCCCCGCGACACUAAGCGUUUGAAGCGGGGUCCCCCUGACCCCUGCCCCCCCGCCCUGCCCUCAGAGCACGGUUUCAUAGCCAGCGUCCUGGACGGCUGCCGCUCCCACGAGCAGGGAUGCUUCGCCCUUGCAUACAGGAAGUGGCUAGACUCUGUGAUUGGUCAGUGAGAGAUGAACGGACAAGGUCAUUGGUCAUUGAGAGGAGACGCUUCCUACUCCACGGGAGAUGGGUUACGGUUUAAAUUUGCCCCUCUGGCACAGAUCUAGGAUCAGCUUACUCUCACCCAACCCUUAACCUUAACCAUUAGGGCAAGAACUGUAAAAUACUGUCCCUAGAUCAGCGUCUAGUGGCUGGUAACAUUAUGCUCAUCUUGAAGACUCUGGAAGGGGGCUGGGGGAUCUCAAAGUUAUUUGUGGCCCCUCCCGUCUUCCUGGAAAUGCCUGGACUCUGAUUCGUCGGCAGGGCUUUGUCAGAAUGGAAAUCUGAGUGUGGCUUUGCUCUGAGUCGUUUCACCUCAAAACACAAGAAAGAGGACCACCAGAUUGUUCUGAAAUUGUUUCUGUAGUUAGUAAGAGGAGAUACGAUUAGCAUUCCUGUAACAUUAUUUUGUUGAAAUAUUAAGCUAAUUGAUGUCAUCCAAAUUUACCAUUUUAAUUUACAAGAUUCAGAUUGUAGUCAAACAUCUUCCUACCAAUGCAUCCCCCAAAAGAUGUCAGAGACCACCCACGGACCCCCUACACCCCAUGCCAAUCCCACCCCAACAACCAGUAUACAGUAUCAGCUGUCUAUGUUUGACAAGUAGUCUGAAGCUGUGGCUUGGAGUAUUGCUUCUCCAUACUAAGUAAUGUAUUCCCUGUGCAUCUGGUGAUGUUUCUUUCCUCCAUGUUCAGAGAAAUUAGUAAUUAAAGUGGCUUGCAUUGGUUGUUAAGCAACAAAAGUGAAGCUUGCGCAACUAUGGGGAAAAACAGACCUGUUUGGCUUAGAUUGUUGACAACAUAUGAACUAUAUUUAGUCUCCAAAUGUUAGUUGAACACAUAAAUACAUUUUCACAAUGAGCACUCUCAAAUACAUUGUUACAGUUGUUAGUUAGCAUUUUUUUUGCCAUAUUAGCAUUGACAUGAAAUAAGUCAAAACACCUCAAAACAAGACAUGGUAUCAAGAACACACUCCCUACACUUGCAAUAACAUCUGCUAACCAUGUGUAUGUGACCAAUACAAAUAUAUUUUAUUUGAAGAUACAACUAGCUGAAAGGAGACACAUACGAUUCCCCACAUGGUAGCUUCUUGUCAUUGUUGCUCGUUAUCUCACCGUUCAGAAUCAUUACAAAGCACAGCUUCAGGCCACAACGAUGUGUGCGCCAAAUUUUUGUGACGUUAUCAGCCAACCGGUCUAUAGAUUUUUACCACUAAAUGCCACUGUUCCUGCUAUACCGCCACUUAUUUAUCCAUUUUGCUGGUCUCUUGUGUUUAUAUCACAAUAUUUCAUUUUACAACUUUGGGUAGAAAGUCAAUAGAUUUGUCUCAUUAUUAAAAUAAAUUGUGUGGUCCUCACAAUUCAAGCCGGUCCUCCAUGAAAGCAAUUCAGCUUGUUCUUAUAGAAACUUAAUGCUGAAAACCAACUGAUCAGGAAACAGCUCUAUAAAAGCAUAAAAGAGUGUGAUGGUAUAGCAGGAACAGUGGCAUCUAGUGGUCAAAACAUGGUACUUUCACACUACUUCAUGGUAAAUAAUGCAAACAACUUCAAUACUAUCAGGGGGGAAAAAACAUUGGUUUCAUAGGGAAUACAUUACAUAGUAUGGAAAAGCAAUACUUUAAACUGCAGGGUCAUACUACAUAUCAAUCAUGGAGAACUGAUACUGAAUGCUGGUUGGGGGUGCGUGGGUGGCUUUUGCAUUUUUGGGGGGAUUCCUCGUGUCUUACUCAUUGGUAGGAAGGAAUUUGGUCCAAAGCGGAUGUUUGGGACUAUAUUUAUUGAAUAUUAUCUGAAUCCUAAAUAGCCGAUUAUGGGUGCAAUUAAUUAGCCUAAUUUCUCCAAGAUAAAAUGUAAACAAAAUAAUGUUUCAGAAAUACCUAUCUUACCUGUUUCUUACUACAGAAACAUUUUGAGAACAAUCUGAGAUAGUGGGUGUUAUGGCUUGCUGAAAUAAUAUGGAAUGACUUCUCAGGAAGAGUAUGGCUCGUAUGGUCUGUUAGUAGCUUAGUUCAGGUACCUCAAUACCUCAGGUCUCUUUCAAUGUUAGGGACUAGAAUAAUUCUGUCAACCAAUUCUGUCUGUCAUUUUAGUUUUUUCACUUAAGAGAUUCAUUCUUCCGGUAUCUUUCUUGUCUUCCAGUAACUAAAUGUAUAGAAUAGGUUAAGUGAAGCUGCCAGGUUACAGAAGGCUCUCAAUUCUGCAGAAUUAAACUAAGGACUAUAGUGAGAUGAGCAGUGCAGCAAAUCAUUCAUUGUCAACAUACAAAAACAAAGAACAAAAAACUAGCAAAGCCAUUAUAUGCCGAUACCGAUAUGUCGUGCAUCCCUACGGACAUCUAAACAACAUUUAGACUGAGCACAACCAUGAACCAAUGAAACUCAUGUUGUAGCUCUCAGAGAAAUAUAAGUAUUUCGCAAGGAGAGAGGAAAGCAAAUAAAUCCAGGUUUCUUCAUACCUGGAUGUGAAAUAUAUCUAUAUAUCAAUUGCCAGGCGUACAAUGGUCUGAGUCACUUCAAGAGGUGCUCGAUUGUAAAGAAAUGACUGCAAGCACAUUCUAAAAAUUAUAAUUUCAUCAGAAGGUUCUCUUGAAGUACCUAGCCAUCGAGUCUGUCAAUGAGAAUGAUUACAGUACUGUAUGUAAGCACAACUGGUAUAUAGGCUGUGUCACUGCUUUCCCUUUUUAUUCAAGAACAACUUGGUGCUAGCCUGGUCCAAGAUCUGUUUGUGCUUUUGCCUACCCCAUUGUCAUUGUCAAGGCAAACAUUUUGCAUGACAAUUCCAUAAGGAGUUGACAAGCGAGCAGAAACAGACUGGCACCAAGGCUAACUUGGUACCACAACCUCUAUUUCCAUUCUGAGGGGGAACUAUAAUCCCCCCAGAUCUGAUCAUCACAUUGUCUGCAUCCCAAAUGGCACACUAUAUAGGUAAUAGUGUGCCAUUUGAUUUGCGACACACUCAUACUCUCCUGGAAGGGGUUGUUGCUGCUGUAUUUUUUUUCACAAAGAUUUUCCAUUAUAUUGACAAGAUAGUCGAGUGACCGCCCUCAAAGAUGGAAUGGAGGCGAGUUCAGGGGGGCCCAUUACCAAUGGGAGGGCAGAUACGCGUGUGAACAACAGGCAUCACUCUGAUUAUAACAUUUAUUCCAAUGUUGUGAAAUGCCACUUGUGUCCACAUAUAUCAGUGCAUUUGUAACAACUUCAUCAUUAUACAAAACUAAUAUUCAAUCAAAUAACCUUCAAGUAGGAAAUUAGCAAUUCAAUGUUUUUCUGACCAAAUUCGACACUCAUUGACCUCCAUACAAAAAUGUAAUCCAUUCUCCGUUUCAUGAAUUUAUUCACAGGUAAAUAGUAAUUGACUCUUUUUUUUAAACCAUAAAAAUCAUGUUUAAAAUCAGUACAACCGACUAUGCUAGCUGAGGUUGUUCAUAGUAGCGUAGCACCCCGUAUAAUCGGCAUAUUCAACAUCAUUAUUUUGUGAUCAAGUCAUCAAUGUUUUGUAAUUAUUGGUGUAGUAAAAGUUUUUGCUAACGGGUUAGCAAUUAGCAUGUUUGACAUUUCAGUGGAAAUACUAUUAUCAUAUUUUUGAUAAGCGGUUUAGCAAAACAAAAUACAUCCCGUAUUAUUAGCAUACAGUCCCCAGUUAUCGGCCACCUUACUAUUUUGUUCAAUUACAAGAUAUAUCCGUUUAAUUUUGUUCAAAAAAAAGACACCGACCUCAUAUCUGAAGUGUUUACUAGAUAGUUGAUUAGUUGGCUAGCCUUCCAGUAAAAUAAACAAAUUACUUGCCUGUCAACUUGUCAUUGCGUAGCCCGGUGCGCCCUCCUGUAGAGGUUCUUCACCAGUAUCUUGUUCAAUGUCUCAUUAUUUGUUUUACAGAUUAAGCUUAUGUUUUGAGGAAGUAAAUAACAGUUUUAUACUUGCAUAUAAAUGAGUGUGAAUAAUUUAGGUCAAACGUUGGAAAGUAAAUGUGUUUCGCAGUCUAAUUUUACAAUACACAGCUUGUCCCACAAAAUGUGUAUGUAUAUAUAUAUAUAUAUAUAUAUAUAUUACUUUUUUGACAACUCUCAAAAUCUAACUUAACUUACAUAAACUGCAAUGAAAAUUGGUGGUCAGAUAGCUAGAAGGGUGUCUUUAGUCACAACACGUGCUGUUAUUUUUUUGCUCAUUUAAAUGUUGAGUUCGAAGUGAUUUAAUCCUCCAACCACUAGAGCGUUCGAAGUUAGGGGGUGUCCGAUGUUGGGGGGAAAUGAGCUAGUCUUCACUGGCAUCAGUAAUAGCUUUCAUUAUAUUUCUCAUGGAAGAAAAUAUUUACUUACCAUAUGAGCAACAAAUGAGAACUGCAGAAAAACAAUGUCCUGUAAUGUACCCAUCCUGGUUCACCAUCAUUUACAGGGUAAAGUUAAUCCUCCCUAAAAACUUCCAAACAAUCAAAACCAUUCAUUUUGAGGGCCUCCCAGAUGGCGCAGUGAAUUAAGGGCACUGUACUGCAGCGCCAGCUGUGCCACCAGAGACUUUGGGUUCGCGCCAAGCUCUGUCGUAACCGGCCGCGACCGGGAGGUCCGUGGGGCGAUGCACAAUUGGCCUAGCGUCGUCCGGGUUAGGGAGGGUUUGGCCGGUAGGGAAAUCCUUGUCUCAUCGCGCACCAGCGACUCCUGUGGCGGGCCGGGCGCAGUGCACGUUAACCAAGGUUGCCAGGUGCACGGUGUUUCCUCCGACACAUUGGUGUGACUGGCUUCCGGGUUGGAUGGCGCUGUGUUAAGAAGCAGUGCGGCUUGGUUGGGUUGUGUAUCGGAGGACGCAUGACUUUCAACGAGCCCGUACGGGAGUUGUAGCCAUGAGACAAGAUAGUAGCUACUAAACAAUUGGAUACCACGAAAUUGGGGAGAAAAAGGGGUAACAUUUAAAAAAAUAAAAAUAAACAUUCAUUUUGAGACGGGGGUGAAAUCCAAAGUUGUGCUAUACAUUCAUAGAUAUUGGUAGCUCAAAGACUUUUAAUCUGGAAAAAUGACAAGUGGGUGAUGGUGAUUUAAAAUCAAAAGUGUGGGGAGAAAAAAGCAUACACUGCCCCCUCCCCCUAAUCUGACAGUGAGGUAGUAGAUGCCCACCAGUCAGUCUCCCUUAAGGCUCAGCUCAGGUGACCACAUACAUCAUAGACAUACACAUAAUUUACAAACGCACACAUACCAGGGUUUCCGUUAGGAAAAUGUGGUGCCGGACAACGUGAACUGGAGGAUUUGAAUGUACUGGUCAUUUGAGAAAUGCAUCGUUGAUAUGAAAACCAGAUACAUGCUCAUUGCUAACAUGGAGCACUCCAAACAAAAGACAAUGAAAAAAUGGACAAAUCAUGAAAAUGAUGGUUAUUAUGAAAUAAACCAAAACACGUUUCUCAAAUGUUGUGAACUCUGCAAACAUUUCCACUGAGAAUGAGAACAAUAAAUGACUGUAAUUAAUACAUGCAUUAACAGAAAUUGAUGUAACCAAAUGAUGGGGAUUAACGGUACAUUUACUACUGGUGACAUACACUACCGGUCAAACGUUUUUGAACACCUACUCAUUCAAGGGUUUUUCUUUGUUUGCUAAUUUCUACAUUGUAGAAUAAUUGUGAAGACAUCAAAACUAUGAAAUUAACAUAUGGAAUCAUGUAGUAACCAGAAAAGUGUUUAAAAAAAUGAAAAUAAAUUUGAUAUUUGAGAUUC